AACUAUAACCUUGAAGGCUUCGCCAUCAAUGGCCUCAAGUUCAUCAAAAAAGUCGGUGCGGGCACCUACGGCUUAAUCUACACAGUGGAAGAUUCAAAUGGUGCCCAAUUCGCUGCGAAAAUGGUGCUCAAAUACACCUUGGGCAGUAAUGUGGCUGAGAACAAGAGGUAUAUCGAGCGCUCGUUGCACAGGUACUUCGAGGAGUAUCCCAAUGGCUCGGUGGAUGAAAUCAACUUGGCCAUGAUAGCCAGGGACGGAGUGCACUGCCCAUUCUUGAAGGAAAUAGCCCUCCAUCUCCGUGCGCAUCAGCAUCCUAACGUAAUGACCAUUCACAAGGUGUUGAAUCUUGGCGAUUUGGCCAUCAUGACAGUUAUGGACUACUUCGAGCAGGGCGACUUGUUCACCAACAUCAUCGACAACCAGCUUUUCCAGAAAUGCCCACCCCAAAACCAGCAGCUCCUCAUGAAGAAUGCCAUGUUGCAGUUGAUCGAGGCAAUUCAAUACCUCCACGAAAACAACAUCUAUCACUGUGAUUUGAAACCGGAAAAUAUCAUGAUCCAUUACAGCCCAGACUACGUCAGACCUUCUGCAGGAACGAUAUCUCCAUCAUCCUCGAGCUCCACCUUGGAGUUGGCCCCUUCGAUCAUCGACUUCAACGAAAUCCAUUUGGUGUUAAUUGAUUUUGGGCUCGCAAUGGAAGACGAUUUGAUCUGCUGCAACGCCUGUAGAGGUUCCAGCUUCUAUAUGGCCCCCGAAAGAGUAGUCAACUUCAACACUAACAACCACAUCCAAAAUAUCAUAAACUUAACCCAAUAUGUUGAGCUUCCAUCGACUUCCAAGACGUGCUCGCUAUACUUUCCUACUUUGGCAGGGGACAUAUGGUCCUUGGGAGUACUUUUUAUUAACAUUGCAUGCUCCAGAAACCCAUGGCCCAUUGCAUCUAUUGCCGACAAAUCUGACGUGAAUAACGAUGUUUUCAAGACCUACAUUUUCCACAACAGGAACAUCUUGCGCUCUAUUCUACCAAUAUCAGGCCAGUUCAACAAAUUGUUGGAUAGAGUAUUCCAAUUGAGUCCUAAUGAUAGAAUUCCCUUAAAAGUACUUUACGAUAACAUCGCAGUAUGUGACUUUUUCCAAGAC